AUGAAGAUUGUUACGUUCCAGGAUCGCAUCAAGCUGGCGCAGGACGUGAUAUACAGCGUCGCGGCGCUUCCCAAGGACCACCAUUACAUGCAGGGCAGCGGCAUGGACCUGGCCAACAUCGCGCGGGAGGAAGCGGCGAUGGAGGAAACCUUCACAAACAUCAAUCAAGAGACGAUAAAGAAAAUCAUCGACCCGCUCACGCUGCGAUUUCGCUCGCGACGCAUCGAGGAGCACUACGAAAGCACCAUGCUUGCUCCCAACCGACUCGUGAAGCUGCAAUUGGGGACGCCACAGAUCUUUUUCUUCUACUGUCUUGUGGUGUAUCCGUAUCUGAUCUUCAUGAACGGCCUAAACAUCACUAUGGACUAUCGGUUUUACACCUGGAUGAUCCUGGUGGCAAUCUUGACCAUGUGGAUGACCAUUGCACACUACGACCAGGGAAUCCUCUUUGCGCGCUUGUGGUACGCCACAACGGGCUCCAGGAUGUUUACACGGAUGCUUUUGGUAAGCUAG